AUGGACCGUCCGCAAGAGCCGCCUACCGCCGGCGGUACACCUCCUUCGGCCGCGGUGGUUGAUGUCCCCGUCGGAGGUCCGCCGAACGCCGGCGUCGUCUCGACCAUGAUCUCCGCCACCAUCCCGUCGAAGAGGAAGAGGAUUCCGAAGCAAUUCUUCGAAGCACCUGCGGCGGCCGCAGCUUCGACGUCCGUAGCUUCGUCGGCCGAAGCCCCGCCGGCUGCCAAGAAGGGGGGCAGGAUGAAGACCAAGGCGGUCGGGCCAAGGGGCGCCGCGCUGGCCAAGGUGCGGACAAAAGCAAUCAGCCGCAUCGGCCUCGCGCCUCCACCGCCCUCCAAGGUCACGACCCCUCCUCCCUCCGUUCUGGCCGAUGCGCCGCCCGCGCCGCCGCCACCCACCAUCGACGUAGACAAGGUGUUUGAUGUUGAGUCCACAACAUCCUACAUGGACAUGCUCAACGAAUCCGCGCCCAAGUAUGCUCAAGCACGGUACAAGGACAUGGCCGGCUCCAAGAACAAGGAAUUUCAAUUUCAUCAUUGCCUUUCCAUUCUUCAACAUCUUCCUAAGUGGAAGUUGAGGGACAACGAGUCAAAGUGCAAGAAGGAGGCACUGCUCACCAUGGAUGAUGAAGCGGAGGACAUGAGUGGGAGAAACGCUGGCAAACCCGAGGGCAACAAGAAGGCCAAGGAGAGGGUCAAGGUAGAAGGCGAAGCAGCUAGCUUCCGGAAGAAGUUGGAUCAACUCAUGAAGUCCAAGGAGGCAUUGACGAUGAAGACAUUGGAGACCAAGCUCAUCAUCACCGAGAAGAAGAAGGAGUUGAAGCUUGCCAAGGUGCAAGCAAGGCGGGAAGAUGCCAAGCUGAAGGCCGAGCUUGACAUGAAGAUGAUCGCACUCAAAGAAGCCAAGGCCAUGAAGGAGCUCUUGGCCGAGGAGAGGGAUAUCAUGAUGAUGCGUACCGACGGCAUGGACAAGGAUCAGCUGGCGUGGUGGAACGAGACGAAGGCGGACAUCAUGGCGAGGAAGAAGGUUGCGCGUGAAGCUCGUGAGGCAAGUGCUCGAGCUGAGUCUCCGGCGAGUGGUGGCACCGCUAGCGAUGGUCUCGUUGAUGGUUGA